AUGAAAUUCUCUAAAGACGUUAGUUCUUCUAGACGUAAAAGUCGAAAAGCUCAUUUUACAGCUCAUUCAGCACUUCGUAGAAAAAUUAUGAGUGCAUCUUUAUCAAAAGAGCUUAGAGAGAAACACAAUGCUAGAUCAAUACCAAUUCGUAAAGAUGAUGAAGUUAGAAUAGUAAGAGGCACCAAUAAAGGUCGUGAUGGUAAAGUGACUCAAGUGUAUCGUAAAAGAUGGGUGAUCCAUAUUGAACGUCUCAGCAGAGAAAAGGCAAAUGGUAAUACUGUUCAAAUUGGUGUUCAUCCAUCAAAUGUGGUCAUAACCAAAUUGAAAAUUGAUAAAGAUCGUAAAGGAUUAUUAGGAAGGAAAAAUAGAGAUAAAGAAGGUGCAAGUAAAGGAAAAGAGAAGAUGGACGAGAAUUAUGAACUUUGUAUUAAGGAUACAGAUUUGGAGGUGGUACCAUUACCGCCAGUUACUAGUAGAUCCGUUAUAUCGAGAGAAUUAUCCGCUAAAUCGCUAAAUCAAGAUUUAUUAGAUAAAGUUAGGGUUGUUAAAUGGAGCACUCCAUCAUGGAGUGGGUUAAGAUUUCUAAUUUUUGUAUUAGUACAUUUAACCCGGGUUGGGUUAGAUAGAGUAUAUAAACAACUUUCUCCAAAAAAUAAACCAGAGUUAGAUCCAGAACAUGAAUCCAAAUUUAAAAAACAAUCAAUUAAUGAGUCAUGUGAUUGUGCAACCGAUACUCUUUUUAAAUAUAAAAAUUGCAAUGAUUUAACUCGUGUAGGGAUUUUUAUGAAAGAUUGUAUUGAUUCAGCUGUAGAUAAAGGUGCAGAUGUUAAAGUAUUGGUAAAAUUCAAAAUCGAUUUUUACAUAAUGGAACUUAGUUCCAAAGGAUUAUAUUUCAUGUACAAUGUUGGACAAGUUUUGAUUCCUGCUUCAGUAAAGGAAAUAUCACAUCUCAUCAAUGACUUAGAAACUUUGCUUAUGGUGUGCGAAAUUUUUGAAAAAUCAUUUGUUGAUUUUUUUGACAAGUUAUGCAAUCCAAAACAAGGAACUGAAAAAGCAUCGUUUAAAUGUGAAACUUUAUCUACACCAAGUUUUAAUAUGCUUGUAAAUCACUCGCGUAAUGUCAACAGAAAGUGUCCUUUUUGGUUUGGAAGAUUUUAA